AUGAUAUACUCUGGACUGAGACCCUUUCCCGUACUACUGGCAGUGCCACCUCCGCCACGAUUGCAAAUGUUUCAGUCAAAAAGCCUGAAAAAUAUUGCAACAAUUUCGUCACUUUGUCAAAUAAUAAUAAUUGUCACUUUGCUAACAACGAUUGCAAAUGCAACGACAAUACCCUCACCAGCAUCAUCGUCAUUGUAUCCCUACUCAUCACCAGUACCAUCAUUACCAGGACCACUAGCAUCAUCCUCAUCAUUAUCCUCUCUUCCACCACCACAACAAUUACCCCAAGAUGAGAAUCCCCAUGUUGUUGCACGUUUUCCAUCUCUCCAUCAUCGCCUGGAGUUGAGUAGACGAGAUCCAAAUUUUACUCACGAGGGUCCACUGCGUUUCAAUCAUCUCACGAUUGAUCCAGCAACUGGUCGUUUAUAUGCUGGUGCCAUUAAUCGUCUUCUACAAUUGGAUAAAAAUCUUCAAUUGGAGGAGAUAGUAUCAACCGGUCCCAGACUGGACAAUCCCCAGUGUCACGCAACCGGAUGUAUGUCCAAAGAGGUGACCACUUCGUUAAUGGACAACGUGAAUAAACUCCUAAUACCGGAUCUUGAAUCGGGUACCCUAAUAGCAUGUGGCUCACUACUUCAGGGUGCUUGUGAAAAGUACAAUAUGUCAAAUAUAUCGAUAAAAUUGGAAUUUCUACCGUGCAGUGUUGCUGCUAAUGACGAAUACUCAUCGACAUAUGCAUUUAUUGGACCAGAGCGUUACAAUCCCUGGGGUAGAUCUAAUGUACUCUACGUUGGUACAACAUUCACAAACAAUGGUGAAUAUCGUCAUGAUGUACCAGCAAUAUCGAGCCGAGAUCUUUAUACCCUGGAAUUUGCUAAAUACACAUUCAACAAGCAAUCGAUACUUCACAUUGAUGUUAAAUACAGAGAUCACUUUCUCGUUAAAUAUGUUUAUGGCUUCAAUGCAAGUGAUUAUGCGUAUUUUGUACUUGUACAAAAACAAUCGUAUUUGCCGGAGCAGGAGGAACUCGGUUAUAUAUCGAGAUUAGCUCGGAGUUGCAUAAGUGAUCCAAAUUACGACAGUUAUACUGAAGUUACGUUACAGUGUAGCGUUGAUAUUGGUAAUGGUACACAACAGAUAUACAAUCUUGUACAGGAUGCUAAAGUUGCUGCUGCUGGUAGUGAUUUAGCAAUGCAACUUGGUAUACCAAUUGGUGAUCCUGUAUUUGUAUCAGUUUUUUCACCAAGCAAAGGUAUAACAAAUGAGGCAUUACCAAAAUCAGCAGUUUGUGUUUAUUCACUUCAAGAGAUUGAAACAAAAUUCAAUGAGAAUAUACACAUGUGUUUCAAUGGUAGCAUUAAAUAUCGUAAUAUGGGAUACAUAAGUGGACCUAUACAGGACGGUGAAUGCCCAGUGGCUGGUACUACUGGUAAUAUAUUAAACUUCUGCGAAGUUGGAUUAAAAAUAUCUGGUGUAUCGCCUAUUGUUGGACAAGCUGUAAUCGAUUUUCAUGACACCUUUGUAACAUCUAUAACCGUUGCUAAUACUGAAACACAUACUGUUGCAUUUCUUGGUACUAGCGAUGGUGUAUUAAAAAAAGUACUUUUAUCGAGCUCUGAGUCAUCAGUUUACGAGAGCAUUGUCAUAGACAGUGGCCAAAAAAUUUUACCCGAUAUGGUUUUAUCACCCACUGGUGAUUAUAUUCAUGUACUGUCAACAACAAGAAUAUCUAAAGUAAGAGUUGAACAUUGCAGUGGUUAUACAAGUUGCUCUAGCUGUUUGGAUGCUAAAGAUCCUUACUGCGGUUGGUGUUCACUCGAGAAACGUUGUACAGUGAGAGAUGCAUGCCAGAAAGCAAGUACAAGUAGUCCAAGAUGGCUUUCACUCAGUACUGGUCAACAGUGUAUUGAUUUUGAACAAGUUUUGCCAGAUCGUUUGCCCAUAAAGCAAAUGACAUCGGUACAAUUGACAAUUAGAACAUUACCGGAAUUGCCCUCUGGGACUAAUUACAAAUGUGUCUUUGGAAAUGCUGAGCCCAUCAAUGCUGUGAUGAAGGGCUUUGGAUUAUCAUGUUUAGCUCCACCAGUACUACAACGACCUAAUAUACCAGAUGGAACUGAUCAUGUACUUGUACCACUAUCAGUACGCUCUAGUGAGACAAAUAAGGAUUUUGUAUCGAGAAAUUUUGCAUAUUUCGAUUGCUCCAGACAUACUGUUUGCUCUGAAUGUGUUAAAGCCCAGUGGGCAUGCAGCUGGUGUGUGUAUGAUAAUAAAUGCACCCACAAUACCAGUGGAUGUCAGGGUAAUAUAAUAUCCGGUGAUAAUCAUAGUCAAGCAACACUAGCUGCUCAUGGUGUACAGUAUUGUCCACGUUUCUCUCAUCGUGAUGAGCCUCUUAUGCUACCCAACAAUGUACCCAAAGAAAUUAUUCUUGAAGUUGAAAAUCUACCCCAUCCACAAAUUGGACAUACUGGCUUUCAGUGUAUCGUUACGAUUGAGGGUGCCAAUUUGCGAGUACAAGCUCGUGUUGAUAGCAGUCGUUUCAUUGUUUGUGAUAAAACUAUAUAUUCUUACGAAGCACUCACUGGUGAAUAUGAAGCAACAGUGACGGUUGUGUGGAAUACAAAUCAUCACGUUGACCGUACGAAAAUUAUUCUAUAUAAAUGUGAAGUGCUUGGAUCACAUCGUGAACACGCUGACUGUUCUUUAUGUAUGACGAGGGAUCAGAGAUUUGAGUGCUCUUGGUGUAGUAAUAGUUGCACGUACAAACACUCGUGUCUAUAUUUACCAUUUGCUGAAUGUCCAAAGCCGAGAAUUGACAUGAUAAGGCCAUUGAGUGGUCCUAUUGAGGGUGGAACAUUGGUUACAAUCGAGGGAAGUAAUCUUGGCCUCAAAGAAACUGAUGUUUCUGAUAAAAUUCACAUUGGUAAAACACCAUGUACAUUAGUUGAUUAUGAAGUAUCAGUUAGAAUUGUUUGUCGUACUGGUGAACGAAAAAAUACUGAUACUGUGACUGUUGUUGUUGGUAAUGAUGCUGGUUACACUGAGAGUGGUGUUUUAUUUCAUUACAAAGACAUCAAAUUAUCCGGUAUAUAUCCGUCCGUUGGUCCACAGAGUGGUGGUACACAAAUUGCUAUUACUGGAAAAUACUUAAAUAUUGGAAGUACAAUAUCGGCUUAUCUUGAUGAAUUGCCAUGUCAUGUUAAUGCAACACAGGCUAGUAGUACAAGAUUGACUUGUGUUACGAGUAAAUCGGGACGUGUCAGAAGAAUUCAAAAAUUAACACUCAGCAUUGAUGGAGCUAAUCGUACAUUAACUGGUAAUCCAUUUAAUUAUACCCAGGAUCCAACAAUUAUGGAGAUAAAACCAUUGGUUUCAUUUGCAUCAGGUGGUAGAAUGAUAACAGUGCAUGGUACAAAUUUGGAUACCAUUCAAAAGCCAGAGAUGGAAGUUUAUUUUGAUAAUGAGAUUAAGCCAGUGAAUAGAACAAUUUGUACUGUGUUGAAUCCAACUCAAAUGGAAUGCCCGAGUCCAAGUAUAGCUGAGAAAUUUGCUAAUAGGCACAGACGAGUCAGAGCUGUGAGAUCACUUCACAAACAUGGCACAACAUUUUCAUCGCUGCGUACGGGAAAUAGUGAUAAUGAGGUGGCACUCAAGAUAGCGUUUGUAAUGGACAAUGUUGAGAGUGUUCGUGAUCUUGAGAAGCACUUUCAAAAUUCGAUAAAAAAUCGUCUGUCGUAUGUUGAGGAUCCAAAAUUCUUUGCAUUUCCCCAGAUGAUUAAGAACUACAAGGGUGAUACACUUGUUAUCGAGGGUGAAAAUCUUAAUUAUGCUAGUGAUGAGACUGAUGUAAAUGUCACUGUUGGUACAGCACUUUGUAAUGUCACAUCACUGGCUCAUGCACAACUUGUUUGUACACCACCAGAUCAACAACCAGCUGCUACUGAUGAAAUGGGAAUUAAAACUGAUCGUGGAUUGCCUCUAGUUGUUGUACGUGUUGGACGUACAUUACGUUUUUCCAUUGGUUAUCUUCACUAUGAUGUGAUAAAGACGUAUCCAAUACCACCUGAAGCAAUAGCUGGUAUUGCAGCUGGUACAUUUGGUCUUGUAUUUCUCUUUGUUCUUGUACUCGUUGUUUAUAGAAGAAAGAGUACACAGGCGGAGAGGGAGUACAAGAGAAUACAGAUACAGAUGGAUACACUUGAGAGUAAUGUCAGGAUGGAAUGCAAACAGGCUUUUGCUGAAUUACAAACGGAUAUGACUGAUCUCACUGCUGAUUUAGAAUCAUCGGGUAUACCAACACUUGAUCACAAAAAUUAUAUUAUGAAAGUAUUUUUUCCUGGUGUCAUUGAUCAUCCAGUACUCAAUGAUCCAAGAUCUAGAAACAAUGCUAGAACUAAUUACGAUGCUGCUAUGAUACAAUUUGAAAUUCUCGUUAAUAACAAGUGUUUUCUACUUACAUUUAUCGAUACCCUUGAGACACAGAAGGACUUCAACAUAAGAGACAAAGUUAAUGUCGCUUCACUGCUUAUGAUUGUACUCAUGAAUAAGAUGGAAUAUGCAACGGAUAUACUGAUGAAUCUCCUAAUUAGACUUAUCGAAAAAUCAGUCGAUACUAAAUAUCCACAACUGAUGUUAAGACGAACUGAAUCUGUUGUCGAGAAGAUGCUUACAAAUUGGAUGGCACUCUGUAUGUACAAUUAUCUCAAGGAUUACGCUGGUUCGUCAUUAUUUUUAUUGUUUAAAGCUAUAAAACAUCAGAUUGAAAAGGGACCGGUUGAUGUUGUUACUCAUGAUGCCAGAUAUUCAUUAUCCGAGGAACGACUGCUUCGUGAACAAAUUGAUCACAGUGUUGUUACAUUGCACGUCAUGCAGGACGAUUUGGAUGAAAAAAUUCAGUGCAAAGUACUCGAUUGCGAUACGAUAAGUCAGGUAAAAUCAAAAAUACUCGAUGCAUUGUAUAAAAAUACACCGUUCUCGUUGAGGCCAUCGAUACACGAAGUUGAUCUCGAGUGGAGACAUGGAAGAGGGGGUCAUUUGACACUGCAGGACGAGGAUCUUACCACCAAGUGUGCUGGUGAUUGGAAGAAAAUCAAUACACUGGCGCAUUAUGGAGUCAAGGAGUCAGCUGUUAUGUCACUUAUACCGAGACAAAAUGAUGCAUUCUCCGUUGGGUGUAAGACUUAUCACAAAGGUUCGUUGAGAAAUCAUCAUCAUUAUCAUAGACAAUCUAUGAAUCGUAUAAAUCAUUGUUCAACUGGACAUUUACCAUCAACACCAAGUCAUGGAUUAAUCAGUCCAAUAAUGUAUCCACAUCCACCUGGUAUUUAUUUCGAUACACAACACACACCAUCACUUAUAACAGCUAAUGGUGAUAUAGAGAGUGGAGUUAAUCAGAGGCUCUGGCACUUAGUUAGACCAAUUGAGGAUAAUGUUUGUCCACAGACUAUUGGAUUUACCAAUAGUAAGCAUAAUCAUCAUCAUCAUCAUCCAGAGAGAACGCACAAAGCAAUACCAGAGAUAUUUCUAACGAGAUUAUUAUCGACCAAGGGAACUGUACAAAAAUUUGUCGAUGAUUUUUUCAAUACUGUUCUCACUGCCAAUGAUGCAUUACCAUGCGCUGUUAAGUGGCUCUUUGAUCUACUUGAUGAUGCUGCUAAACAGCAUUCGAUAUCAGAUCCUGAGGUUGCACAUGCGUGGAAAUCAAACAGUCUGCCACUUAGAUUUUGGGUUAAUUUUAUUAAAAAUCCAGAUUUUAUGUUUGAUAUUAAUAAAUCAACUACUGUUGAUUCGAGUUUAUCUGUCAUUGCCCAAACAUUCAUGGAUGCAUGCUCGACAACUGAGCACAGACUUGGCAAAGAUUCGCCCUCAAAUAAAUUACUAUUCGCCAAGGAUAUACCCCAUUAUCGGGAAAAAGUUGGACGUUUUUAUCAGGACGUACAGAGAUUACCAACUAUUACCGAUCAGGAUAUUUCCAGUGCCAUGCAGCAGUUGAGCGAUUCUCAUGCCAAUGAAUUUGACGUUAUUGCUGCGCUCAAGGAGCUCUACAUUUACGUCAGCAAAUACUACGAACAAAUUUUAGAGGCCUUGGAAUCGGACGCAGGCUGUCGUCAGUUACAUCUAGCUCAUAAACUCGAGAAUGUAGCGUGUACAAUCGAGGGAGAAGAGACGAGUGCCUGCUGACACACUACCCCCAAUUACAUUACGUGAACAGUCGAAAUUUUCAGAUGAUAAGAGAGAGAGAGAGAGGGGGAGAGAGAAAGAAAAAAAUUAAAUAAUAAAAGAAAGGGAAGAGUGAAUAAUAAAAUAAACACUGACCAGUGCCUCGAUUUUGCGCAUCAGAUACACCUCGUUCAUAUGUACAAAAAGAUUGAAGAAAAUUGAAAAAAAAAAAUGACAAAGUAUGAAAAAAUAUGAAACUUAUACCGCCAUAUAAAUGAUUUAAAAGAGUAAAAAAAAUGAAGAAAACGAAAAAAUUAAAAUAGUCUCAGCACCUUCGGUACAAUUCGAAGAAGUGGGAAAUGGUAAAGAACAUUGAUUCAAUUACAAUACAAAAGUAAAAUUGUCUCAUUUUAAUUCAAUUUCUUUCACUGCCAGUAAAUACAGUAGAGUAACAGAGAGAUAAAGGAAAAAUGCAAAACACGGAGAUAGAAUCACCGCACAAAAGGGGGGGGGGGAUAAGGAAAUGAAAGAAAAAUAGAAGAAUGGAUAGAAAAUGGAUUAAAAGCAAUGAAUAAGUGACAUUUAAAAAAACAAAAAACGAUGCAUUUUAAGGAAUAACUAAUUGAUAAAAUUAAAUAAAGAAGCCAUAGUGCGCACCAGACUGUUUGUACUAGUAAAAAAAUGAAAGAAAAAAAAUGAAAAUGGAGGUGUACAGCAGAGCGAGUAGUCUGUGAUCCGAGCAUGCGUGGCUAUGCCUAUUAUCUUCAUUGCGAUAUAUGAAUUAUUAUUAAUUAUUAACAUGUUAUAUAGAGGAUUGAAAUGUUAACAAAGAGCAAAUGUCUGGAGCUGAUGCCUCCAUACGAGAUAAUUAAUUAGCCACUGUGAUCCACAUGAUAAUGACCAUCCAAAAAUAACAAAUAUCUAACCCAUGUUGUACAUGUUGCUCUUUGUUUUCAUUGAAUUCUGCAUGUAUGAUAUACAUAAAAUAUAUAUAUGAGUGGUGGGAAGAGAUGUGGAAUGACCUCUGGUACGUAGUGAGCUAGGUUGGGAAAGGGGAUAAUGUAUUAUGUAUAAAUACGAUGUGCAAGGGUGAAUGGAAAAAUUGUGUGAUUGAUGGAAUGAUUCAACAAAGUAACGAUAUUACUUUAAGGAGAGAAAAAAAAUUAAUGGAAGAUUGGUUGGGUCAUUUUACGGAGUGUCUGGAGAAUUGUUUUUUUUUAGGGUGAAUGAAGCUCAGUCUGGUCUAGGCCUAGAUAGGAAUACGUACGUAAAUGUACGUAAUACAAUUAUUAUUGUUUUAAUUUUAUUAAUUUCCGAGUGUUCAGGGGAUAAGUGGUGGCUUCUGCUCGUUGAAUGACGAUUUAUCGAGGGGUUGAGAGGGCUCUGGGGGAAAAUGUUGGGAGGACUUCUGCUGGGUAAAUUCACCCUUUGUGGAAGCCUUCUGGCAUUUUCGCCAAGAAUUGAUCAUUUAAAGGGUAAUUUUAUAAUUAACGGAUGAGGUUUUCUCGGGGCUCACCACUUUUCUAAUGAACAGAAUUUAAUCCUGUAAUAAUCGCAUUUAAUUUCUCGGUCCCACUGGGACAGAGGCAUUUUGUAAAGCCAUACGAGUCUCGUAUAUAGGGUAUUUGAUUAAUGAUUUAUUGUUUUUCUUUCAUAAUUUGUAAAUUAUAUCAUUUUUACUUUGAUAUUGAAUCAUCAUCAUUCUUCAUCGCAUAGUUACUAACUCAUUCCAUGAAUAAUUACUGCUAUUGUCCAAUUAAAUGAAACAAUUAUCAAUUGUACAAUUUUCAUUAAGAUGAGAGAAAAAAAAAACAGAUGGAAAUUAACGAAAUAUUUAGGGUAUAAAAGAGCGGCAUUUUUGUACCAGGUUUCCAGGAAGCAUGAUGAUGUGCCUCGAGGUCUUGUUAUUUGUCAAAUUUUUUCGUUCAACGAUUGUAGGAAAAAUAUUGCGGGGAAAAAAAAAUUCAGUAGUACGUUUUUCUUUUUCACGUAUUUUAUAAAUUAUUGGACUCAGACGGCGCUAAUGAGGUCUCAAAAAAAAAAAACUAAGCAAAUAGAAACAGCAAAAUGUGAUGACGUAUCCAAUUAUGAAAUACCGUUUUUCAUGGUAAAUUAACAUUUCACGUAGACUGAAAUAAAAAGAAAAAAUACUCAGAUACUCAGCUAUGCGUUCCACGAAUCAACUAUUCAAUCGACUGAUUAAGAAUUUUUAAAUACUCUUAUUUUCCAUUGAUGUAACUUUUUUUAGUAUAAUUUAUGCCAUGCAAUUCUCAAGAUGACGAGGAUGUAAUCGAUCAAUUCCCAGUGUACCUCGUCGUCAAUGACUAAAUGUGAAUAGAAUUAAAUUUGAGUCAUCAAACAGCGAGAAGAAACUGAAGAAUUGUCUGUCCGAUCGAUAUAAACAUUCAAUUUACGAAGAAAUAAAAAAAAAAAUUGAAGUAACUGGGAUUGCGGUGCAGACAGGGGGAGGGAGUUGUGCUCUCCGAAGUUGCCAAUAAUUUGUACUUAAAUCCGUGUGUCCACUGUCUGCAUCACGAUCAGCGUAAAAACACUCUUUAUAUAUAUACAUAUUAUACAUAUAUACAUAUUGUAUUUAUUUAUAUUAUUAAUUGACGAGAGUACGUCAAUCUGUGCAGUGUAAUCUACUUAGCAACGACGGAAUUCCGUCCUGGCGCGUCAUGAAUUUUGUAGAUAUAGGAGGGAGGGGAAAAAUGCUGAACAAUCUGUCUCGUAAUUUUUUAAUUUUUUUUUCAUUUAGUUUACGAAAUAACGGACGUAAAAAUUUUCUCAUUAACGUCUAUGCACUCGUGUGCUUGAUGAAAGUACCUCAUUUACGUAGAAGGUCUUCCUUUGUGAGAAACGACAAAAUGCGCCUUGUCCUGAAGCAAUUAAAUUAGUGAUAUAAUUAUAUGGAUGUGUUGGUUACGAUUUUUGAGGUGAUUUUUUUUAACUCAUUCCAGUGGCUUUUUUUUUCCUGGGGGUCUGUGAAUGCUGAGUAUCAAGAUACUCGGGGAAAUUGUCGAGAUCUCUUGCGUGUGGUGGGAUUAUAUUCGUUGGUCGCUGCUUAAUUCAUCUUUUGGAGAUUUUUUUUUUUUACUCUUUUCAUUCGAGCUUCUCUUUUCCAUGGGUAAGGUGCUCAUUAAGGGCUUAUCCUCAUUAUUCUGCAUUUACUGAUUAUAAAAUUGUACAUUUGUGGAGGGAGUCUAUUAUUCAGUGAGUACAGAUUGACGUACCCCGUUGAUAAGACAUAAAGAAAUGUGCGUGCGCACACAUGAGUAAUCAGCAGCGUAAUCCGGCCUCUUGUUUCUCUACUAGUGCAAAUAUUUUUUUUUAUUUAAUGUUUUUUUAAUUUCUUUUUUGUCAAAAAAAAGGAAAGCAGUACAUGUUAAUAAAAAUCACGUAGUAACUGUA